UACGAGACCAGAUUCACCUCAACCCAGCUGUGUCUCCAUGAAGAGUGACCGGUCAAUGAAACCUCCAUUUUACUUUAAAGAUGAAGGAUGUUUUACUGAUCUAAGUGACUGCUCAAAGGGACCACCACCUCAAUUUAAAGAUGGAGGAUGUUUUCCUGAUCUGAGACCACAAAAGGAGAAAUUAAAUGGUACUUACAGAGCUCAGCUGGAAUCCAUUUUUGAGGAACUGGAGCUUAAAGUCAUAAACAUGUUAAAGAAUGAGCUAAACAAGUUCAAAAAGCUCCUGAAUGAAAAUGACCCAGCAUGCUCUGAGCAGGAGGUGAAGGAUGUGGAAGAUCUGAGCAGUUUCAGAGAGGGGGCGCUAAAGAUCACACUGAAUGUUCUGAAGAUCAUGAACCAGACAGACCUCGCUAAUACCCUGCAGAGGAAACUUUUAGUCCCUGUAUAUCACAAAAAACUGAAAUCAAAUCUGAGAGAGAAAUGUAAAAGAAUCAGUGAAGGAAUCUCCCAGCAUGGAAGCUCAGCACUUCUGAAUGAGAUCUUCACAGAGCUCUACAUCACAGAGGGUUGGAGUGGAGACGUCAAUAAUGAACAUGAGGUCAGACAGAUUGAAGCAGCAUCCAGGAGACCAGUAACACAGGAGAAACCCAUCAAAUGCAGUGACCUCUUUAAAGACUCGUCCACCAGAACUGUGCUGACUAAAGGAAUCGCUGGAAUUGGAAAAACAGUCUCAGUGCAGAAGUUCAUUCUGGACUGGGCUGAAGAAAAAGCAAAUCAGGACGUCAUCUUCAUAUUUUCACUUCCUUUUAGAGAGCUGAACUUUAUGAAGCAGGAAAAUCUCAGUCUGAUGGAACUUCUUCAUCAGUUUUUCCCAGAAGUGAAAGGUCUGACAUCAUUAGAUUGUGAUGGUUAUAAAGUUUUGUUCAUCUUUGAUGGUCUGGAUGAGUGUCGACUUCCUCUAUUUCAAAAUAAUGAGCGAUUGUGUAACGUAACAAAGUCAGUAAAAAUGGAUGUGCUGCUGACAAACCUCAUCAAGGGGAACCUGCUUCCCUCUGCUCACCUCUGGAUCACCACUCGACCAGGAGCAGCCAAUCAGAUCCCUCCUGAAUGUGUAGACCAGGUAACAGAGGUACGAGGGUUCAGUGACCCUCAGAAAGAGGAGUACUUCAGGAAGAGGAUCAGUAAUGUGAACCUGGCUAGUAAAAUCAUCAAACACAUAAAGUCAUCAAGAAGCCUCUACAUCAUGUGUCACAUUCCAGUCUUCUGCUGGAUCUCAGCCUCUGUUCUAGAGAGAAUUCUGGAUGAAGCCGAGGGGAAAGAGAUCCCAAAAACUCUGACUCAAAUGUUCACUUACUUUCUAAUCUUUCAAAUAAAACACAAGGAACAAAAGUAUCAUGGGAAAUCUGACCCUGAUCCACACCAGACCAGAGAGACAAUACUGGCACUGGGAAAACUGGCCUUCCAGCAGCUGGAGAAAGGAAACCUGAUCAUCUAUGAGGAAGACCUGACAGAGUGUGGCAUUGAUGUCAAAAACACAUCAGUGUACUCAGGAGUCUGCACCCAAAUCUUCAAAAAAGAGGCUGGACUGCACCUGGGUCAGGUCUUCAGCUUUGUGCACCUGAGUGUUCAGGAGUUUCUGGCUGCUUUAUAUGUAUUUCACACCUUCAUCAACAAAAACAGAAAUCUACAGGUGAUGCAAAACACUGAAUUCUUUAACACCUUUAGAAACUAUACAAAUAUGUCUGACUUUCUGAAGAGUGCAGUGGACGAGGCCUUACAGAGUGAGAAUGGACACCUGGAUCUUUUCCUCCGCUUUCUCCUGGGUCUUUCACUGGAGUCCAAUCAGACUCUCUUAGACCUACUCUCAGACCUACUGCCACAAACAGGAAGUAGCUCUUACAACACAGAGGAAACAGUCAGAUACAUCAAGGAGAAGAUCAGUGAGAAUCCCUCUCCAGAAAAAUCCAUCAAUCUGUUCCACUGUCUGAGUGAACUGAACGAUGAUUCUCUAGUGCAGGAAAUCCAAAAAUACCUGAAGAGAAAAGUUUAUGUUAAUCACGAUGGACUUUAUCUCUCUCCUGCUCAGUGGUCGGCUCUGUUGUUUGUGUUGCUGAACUCAGAUCGGGAGCUGGAUGAGUUUGAUUUGAGAAAAUAUUAUCCAUCACAUAAAGGUCUUCUGAAGAUGCUGUCAGUGGUAAAAGAAUCAAAAAAAGCUAUGUUGUUGGAGUGUAAUCUAACAGAGGAAAGUUGUGAAGUUCUGUCCUCAGUUCUCAGUUUAAACUCCUCCAGUCUGAAACAUCUGAACCUGAGUAACAAUAAACUGAAGGAUUCAGGAGUGAAGCUGCUCUCUGCUGGACUGGAGAAUCCUCACUGUAAACUGGAGAUACUGGAGUUGUGGGAUUGUAAUCUAACAGAAAAAAGUUGUAAAGUUCUGUCCUCAGUUCUUAGUUUAAACUCCUCCAGUCUGAAACAUCUGAACCUGAGUUACAAUAAAUUGAAGGAUUCAGGAGUGAAGCUGCUCUCUGCUGGACUGGAGAAUCAACACUGUAAACUGGAGAUACUGGGGUUGUGGGAGUGUAAUUUCACAGAGAAAAGUUGUGAAGUUCUGUCCUCAGUUUUCAGUUCAAACUCCUGCAGUCUGAAACAUUUGAACCUGAGUAACAAUAAACUGAAGGAUUCAGGAGUGAAGCUGCUCUCUGCUGGACUGGAGAAUCCACACUGUAAACUGGAGAUACUGGAGUUGAGGAGCUGCAGUAUUACAGAUGAAGGAUUUACUGCUCUGGCUUCAGCUCUAAAAUCAAACCCAUCAUCACAUCUGAGAGAACUGUAUCUGAGUGGCAAUGAUCCAGGACAAUCAGGAGUAAAACUGCUCAGAGAGCUUAAGGUGGAUCCACAAUGUAACCUGAAGGAACUACACAUCUGAUUCUAAUACACAUUGUAUUAUGAGAUGAAGAGCAGUGGAGAUAAACACCAUCUACUCUUCACACUGGGAUUCUACAUGGUGACACUUUGUUCAGCUUCUUACUGCUCAAAUCUGUAAACAUGCUUUCUGUAUAACUGUGUGCAUGACAUCACUUCCUGUACAAGAUCGACGCUCUCAAACUCACUCUGAACUGCUGAUAACCUUUCAUCUCAUCCUUCUAUACAUCUCUGCUGAAGUAAUGAGAUUGGAGAGUCCAUCAGGUUUCUGGUACCAGCUGAAUUAAUCUGACAAACUGAACAUUGAGCACCUGGUACAUGUGAGUUAGAAGCUGCAAAACAUGGUGAGGGUCCAUUAGGACUGCUUUAAAAAACCCUGCAUUAGCUUGGUGCAUUAGCAUGCUGUUCACUAUCUACCUGUAAUGAAGAAAUUUAAAGUUACUGGAGAUGUUUAGAUUUUUCCUGGAGGAGAACAUGAGGAGGAUUACUCGAGUGGCCAGAGAAUCUAGUAUCUCUGCUGGGAAAUUACAGACGAUAGUGAGGGCAUUGCCCCCCCAAAUUGUGUCUUUGCCCCCCCAAGCACAAUGCAAGCAACGGCUAUUUUUAAAAUUAUCUCUGAACCAAUCACAAAAAUGCAUUUUGUUUUACAGUGUGAAGAUAUUUCCUUGCUUAUUCCUGAUUGGCUCUUUGAGUCAUAUAAAAAUCGGCAGACUGCCCCAAACAGUUCAGUUCGGCAGUAUAUGUUCUGUUAGUGUGAGCGAGAGGCAGGUAUACUGGUAAACACUCUUCUGAGUUUAAACUGACUUCCACAUGGUAAUAUUUGCUUAACUGUGGUUUUUCGUUGCUUUAAUGUUACUUACCUCUUACAUAGGUGUUGCUUAAAUUAUUUUAUUAGCCGUUAGCGGUUAGGCUAACUUGGGUCUCCUAACACAGGCUUAAGUUUAUUGAUGUCUUUCUGUGUGCAUUUUUCAUUUAAUAAA